UCACUCAUUGACUCAGAUAAUUUGAGGUUAAGUUUGAACCAUAAUAAUUAAAAUAUUUGAUAUUCAAGAUGAAUUAUCUUUUUCCUCUAAUUUCGAUUGCUUGUUUUUACUUUCAAAAUGUUAACUCUGAAAAUAGUAUGGAAGAUGAAGGCGGUUCAGGAAGAUAUACAAUUGAAGGUCGGGUUUUUCCACUCUCCGACCACCAAAGCAAUUGGCAAUCUAAUACAAGAAUACAUGUUAACGGAGGCGAGUUCUUAGGUUUCUUAAAGAAAGAUGGGUCUUUUUCUGUGCAUAAUUUACCUUCUGGGUCAUACAUUGUUGAAAUUUUAAAUCCUGAAUACUCUUUUGAACCAGUUAGAGUAGAGAUAAAUCAAAAGGGUAAAUUUAGAGCAAGAAAAGUGAACCAUAUUCAAACAUCUUUAGUCGUUUCCAUACCAUACCCUCUUAAACUAAAAGCUCUUGGUAGAACUAGAUACUUUCAACAGCGAGAGCAAUGGAGAGUGACAGACUUCUUAUUUAAUCCGAUGGUAUUGAUGAUGGUUGUGCCACUCAUAGUUAUUAUGAUUUUACCCAAAAUGAUGAAUGAUCCAGAAACUAAAAAAGAAAUGGAACAGAUGCAGAGUUUGACCAAAUUUGAAAUGCCAGAGAUGUCAGAUAUGGUUACAAAUUUAUUGACUGGUGGUUCAAAUUCUAAUACUGCUUCUCAACAAAGUAAACAGAAACAAAAAAUUAAAAAGAGACAGUGAGAUAUCUAUUCGAACUUAUUCCUAAAUAAUUGUUCAAUUCAAGUAUCAUAUGAUAUUGCAAUCAUCCCUCACAUGUUGUUAUGAUUAUUUUUCAAAUAAGUUAUUAUUAUUAUUUUAAAAUGGUACCUCUGUGAGGAGAGGUGAAUUAAUGAAAAUUGAAAGCAAGUAAAUUAUGAUCUUUCAAAUUUUUUGGAUGCCAAUAAUAAAAUGUAUGUUUCUAGUUAAAAAUACAUGUAAUAGAUAUUGAUGUCAAAAGACACAGUAUAAAUAAAUAAAUUAUGUCAGAAUAGUGAUGUAUUAAAGAUAUAUAUCUACA